AUGGAUCGCAUCAAGGAAAAAAUGAACACCCUCCGCAUCGAGGCCGAUGAAGCUACCGCAAAGGUUCAGGAGCUUCAGGAAAAAGUUAAGGCUCUCGAGCAAGAGAACCUCCAGAAGGAGCAAGAGAUCACAUCCCUCACACAUAAGAACAACUUGUUGGAAGGCGAAGUUGAGAAGUUAGAGAGCGGGAUCAAGGAGGCCAAGGCUGUGGCAGAAGAAGGCACUGCACACGGUACACAGAACGAGACUCUUCAACGAAGAUUACAACUCUUGGAGGAGGAAGCCGAGGAAGCCGACAAGAACCUCCGCGAGACAAACGAAAAACUCCGUCAAACCGAUGUCAAGGCCGGCCACUUCGAACGCAAGGUCCAGGCUCUCGAACAAGAUCGUGAUCAGUGGGAAGCAAAGUUCGAGGAGAUGGCCAAGAAGUAUGCUACUGCGCAAAAGGAAUUGGACGACUUCCAAGCGGAGAUUGGCAACAUUUAA